AUGGUACUUGCUCCUGACGAGAUUGUGCAAAGGCUUUGUGAGGAAAUAGCCUAUAAUAAAGGCAGAAUAUCCUUCAAAGGUCUGUGGGAGCUAGCAAAUCCUUUCGUUGAGCUUAAAACUGAACGUAUUAAGAAAUUUGUUUAUGAUUCUCUGUUAGCAUCUUCUGAUGUUGUUCUUUUACACAAUGGAAAAUCAGUUGCACCACUUACCUAUGAUGAUGCUGUUGCAGAAGAGCCGAGCCUGGAACUCGCAAUAACAGAAGAUAAGCUAUGGACGGUUCUAACCGGGUAUAACAAAAAAGAAUCCGCUAUAGGUGGGCUAGCCUUUGAAUUGUUGAUGGAAGUCGCCAAGAGGCGUGAGCAUGGCGUGAAUACUAUGGAUCUGGCAACGAUUACGAAACAGGACCCCCGAAGUAUAACAGGGCGCAUCAAGAAGCUCGGAAAUCUAGUCACUGGAGUUCAAAUUAUUUACAAAGGGCAUGUAGUAAAAUUGAUCAAGUUCUACAAAUUUGCGGAUGAAAAACCUAGGCGCUUAUAUGUGAACAUGCGUCAAUAUCUGCCAAACAUAGUUGAAACAGUUAAAAAAUCCAAGAACGGUGUACGGCAAGUAGUCGACUUGAAACGAGAAUUGAAGUUCGACAAAGAUAAAAGGUUAAACAAGGCCUUCAUUGCAGCAAUUGCCUGGUUGGAUGAAAAAAAGUACUUGAAGAAAGUACUAGUUGUAUCACCAUCCAAUCCGGAGACAAAAAUCAGAUGUGUUCAGUAUCUCAGAGACUAUAUCACAGAAGAGAGGGAUGGGGCUGAUUUUGAAAAUGAUAGUACAGACGAUGGUGAAGAAGAAGACGAUGAUGCUAUUGAAGGCUUUGAUAAUGGCAAUGCCACAGGACUACUGCAGGAAACUAACCUGCUCAUCCAGGACAAUACCAUAUCGGCCAAGGAGUUUAGCAUGAACAGGUUUUUUCCAUUGCAGAAUCAAACCUAUGCACUAGCUGAGAAACGUGGAACGCAGGGAGUAUCUACAAUGGAAUGUGUUAAUACAAUUGUAGGUAGCGAUUACAGAAGGUCGUUCACUAAAAAUAGUGAGUAUUACUUGCAAACGAUAGGCAAGAGUAUACCAAAGAAUGCACAUAACCUAGGGUUCAACUUAGUUCGCGUUUACGAUUUUGAGGGUAAGAAGAAAUUUUACAGGUUGUUUACUGAGCAUAAUUUUAGAUUGUUCAGCGGCUCCACUGAUCAGGCGCCUACUAUUACGAUCCCGCAUAUACAUGGUCAAAAAAGCUCCCUCUCCAAAUUAAGCGAAGCUAAUUUUAUGCCUCUUAACGCUACCCUCCGCUUUACGAAUAAAGACGAUCAGGAAGUUUUUUUUUGGCAUGGGGAAUUGGAUAUCCCUGCUACUUCAACAACUACUGCUAGAGGCAGAAAGCGAAAGUCCCUUCAACAGGCCAAUGUACGAACACCCAAGAAGAAGAAACCAAGUGUAGAAGCGAAUCUCAUAGAUCUGGAAUCGACUAAUACAACAGCUGAACAUGCAGUUAUUGAAGAAGGUGCCGGGGAACAUGAAAAAUUGGUCUGCAUCGGUGGCUUCACAGCUAACUCUUUAAAAUCCAUUCAAAGGCAAAAGGCCAUUUUGGAUAUAGUUAGAAAAUAUGGUGGUGUCACCUAUGUACGUGACCAGCUAUAUGAAGAUGUUUCAAAGUACCUCGGUACAAAAAUGAUAUUGGAUAAGAAAACACUCCGAGGUGACGUUGAACUUCUGGUUGCUGCCAACAAGUUAAAGGUCAACGUCAAACCAAAUGGUAGACGAGUCUUGUAUCUACCUUCAAUGGAUGGAGAACAGAUUGAAAGGUAUUUGAAUUCUGUAAGAGAUACCAAAGUGGCAUUUUCAAAGGAUAUUAUCAAGAAUACUGAUAUAUAUUUCUUCGACCAGACGGAACAUAACCGCUUUCAUAGAGGAACCAAGUCCGCGGAACGUGUUAAAGCUUUUCAGAAUAAAUCCAAACGCGCUGAUAAAAAAUCGACCACUGGUGCUGUAAAGAAUACAAUAAAUACGAAACCACGGCGUGUUAGAACAAAGAAGCGGCCGGCUUCUACGGGACCUGUUGCUAAGAAUGGUAUGAAACCAGAGCCCACCGAGAAGAAUGCCCUUCCUAAAAAGCGGAGCUCGAAGUCAACAAGUAAAUCUGCAGAAACGUUCAAUGUUAGCACAAAAGAGGGCAAUAGGGUGCUGAUUAUGGCCGCAGUUAUUACCAAAAGUAUUAAAGGGCAAACUCUUUGGCCGGAAAUUGCUCAUCUUUUCCCCAAUAAUUCCGUUGAGCAUCUCAAGAAGCAAUGUACUUUGCGUAGGGUGAAGAUGGGCCAUAGUGGGUGGAGAGCUUUGAUGGAAAAAUGGAGAAAAAUUAUGGUGAACGCUGUGAGAAAUGAACGAGCUACCCUUGAAGACGCAGAACAACUAAAUCUCGUCAAACUUGUACACCUAUGGAUGGCUGAGGAUGAUGUCGGCGAUAGACAGCCUCUCAAACUAUACAAGGACUAUGAGGAGAAUCACAGAAGAUACACUUUGAUUAAAAAUAAUCAAAGGGCUAGUGUCCAUGUAAGUUUAGCGAUGUCGUCAAUGAUUCAGCGAGAAUCAUAUCUGCUAAAAAAAACUUACACAUAUAGUGCUCAAAAAUCUGGUUACUAUAAUCCGGUUGAAGAAGAGAUCAGAUCAGUGGUAAGAUCAAUUUUAAUCAGCAACUCUAGUAUCGAAACAGAUGAUAUUGGAAUAUUAAAGGCAUUUAAUAGCGAACAAGUUGAUAAAGUUAUUCUAGAUAUGGCUAGGGAACGCCAUAUCUCUUUCGUCGGAUCAUCCAAGCUGCAACUUACUGACGUCGUUCUUGAUCUUUUAAAUAUGAAAGGCAAGUACUGGGAACUUCAGAAGGCAGCUAGAUUUAAGAAUAAAGUACUUCAACUUUUGAAUUCCGAGAAAGCUUUAGCUAUAGGAGAGGAGCCAUCCAACCAUAGCAUGCCUGUGCUGUUAGAUAUGUUAGAAUGCGGUGUCAUCGAUAUGACUACUGUUCCGUUGGCCGUAAAAGAAAAUUCCAUGUACUAUGCAACGAGAAAGUAUGAAGUCACCGCUUUGACACCCCCAUUGAUAUUCUUUGCUAAAAAGAAAUUGGUUGAACCCAAGCUACCUUUUGAUGCGGUUCCGCGAGGCCAACCGUGUUCUCGGCUUUGGGUUGACCCGCAAGGAAAAAUCAACGAACAGGUUUGGAAACAGCUUGUGUUUAUGACGAUACAUGAAAUUUUGUUUAAUCCUGGUAUUACCCUUGCAACUUUAACGAAGCGCUUUCGGAAGUUGGUAAGUCAUAGAGAAAUGGAGGAUAUAGUCCAGUGGCUCAAGAAUCUUGCCCUUCUUGACGAAACAUCGUUUGAUGGCUUUAUUAUAAAGUCAGACUGGUAUCUAGCACUUGGUUCAUAA